GCGUCGUCAUUGCUCUUGCACUUCCCUCCUCACAGUCACAACUGACCAACAACAUGGCUCCCAAAGACCAAAAUACAUACAUGAUGCUCUGCCUUUUUCUCCUGACGCUCGUCCGCUCCGCCGAGGCGUUUGACGGAGGAGACGCGGCGGCUUUAUUGCUGGGCGCCACAGUGACGCUCGUGGGAAUCUGCGCGUGCAUGGGCUGGUACGCGCGCACACGAAACGGCCAGUUUUGAUGACUGCUGAUCAAGGCCUCAUCCGGAAAUGUGACUGAGUGCAUAAAGACUGUCAUGCAUUUAUGCUGAAAAUAAUUGGAAAUGCGCGCAGAGGAAGGACCUAUAUGGAUAAUAUGAGCUGUUGAUUGUAUUCCUUGACGCAUAAUCCUUAUUAAGUCACUUAUAUUGGACAUUGGACACUUCCUGUCUCAGUGGACCAUGUGGGAAACUUCUGCAACUGCAUCGGCGUUAAAAAGCCCGUUAGAUUAUUACUGCAUGACAACAAGAUCACAUGCAGACAUUCUCUGACACAUUUCUAUGUGACUUGAACAUACUGGUGGACAUGAUGUUGGUCUCCUGCCAUGCUACAGUCACUGCAAGACAAUCUGCUUCCAGUUUCAACACUGCGUGAUGAAACCACUAAAUUGUUAAAUGGUUAAUGCUUUCUCUGUCUAUAUAAAGCAUUCAAUGUCAAUGUGCUUUACAGAAGAAGGGUGAUGCUGCUUGCUUUGUGUGUUUUUGUUAAACUUUGUGAACUGCCAAUCGUGUUUCAAGUAUGAGACUAUAUAUCUGUUGCAAACUGAUAUAGCAUAACUUUUGAAGUUGUAUGCAUUAAAAUCCUAUGAUUGACUAUA